AUGCUAGGUUUUGGUUUAUUGGAAUCUGGAGCCGUCUCAAAAAAGAACGAAGUGAAUAUUCUAUCAAAAAAUGCAGUAGACGUUAUUCUUGGAGGUUUGUCUUAUUGGGUUUUCGGUUAUGGUUUGCAAUAUGGUAAAGAACCUGGCACAACGAUUUUCUGUGGUGUCGGCUACUUUUUACUGGAUUCAUCGCCAGAUGAAAUGGGUAUUAUUUUUGCAACUUUUAUUUUCCAGUUAUCUUUUGCAACCACAGCUACUACUAUAGUAUCGGGUGCAAUGGCCGAAAGAGCAAAUUUCAACGCUUAUUGUAUAUUUUCUUUUGUCAAUACCGUUGUCUACUGCAUACCAGCUGGUUGGAUUUGGGGAGAUCAUGGAUAUUUGAAACAUUUGGGUGCAUUAGACUUUGCGGGUUCUUCAGCAGUGCAUUUAGUUGGUGGUGCUUCUGCUUUAGUUGCAUGUUUGCUCUUAAAACCCCGAUUACGAAAGAUUGAAGCUAUGGGAGCUUCUUUACCGAUGGGAAAUUCUGGUAACGCAGUUGUAGGAACUUUCACUUUAUGGUGGGGUUGGUUAAUGUUUAACUGCGGAAGCACUUUUGGAAUUUCAAAUAAUAAAUGGCAUUAUGCAGGAAGAGCUGCUAUUAACACUAUGAAUGCAUCAUUAGGAGGAGGAAUCGCUGCCAUUUUCUAUACAUAUUGGAAAAAUAAGCAAUACAACGUCAGUGAUAUUUUGAACGGUAUCCUUGCUGCUCUCGUGGGAGUAACAGCUGGGUCAGCUUUUUUGGGAUCUGCUUCUUCAGUAUUAGUAGGAGCAGUUGGAGCAAUUUUAUCUUGUUAUACAACUCCAAUGUUUGAAAAAUUUGNUAUCGCCCAGAAAAUUAAUGGAAUAUGUGAAAUAUGUGGAAAUGUAGAAGACAUGAGGAGUGCUAUCACCAAAACUACUUAUCUAUUCAUUUCUUGUUGA